CCCGCCCCAUCCCAUAAUCCCCCUGGCUCUCCGCUCCCUCCCCCCCGGCCUGCCUUUGCUCUGGAAACCUCCAUGUGCUGAGCAGGAGCAGCGGGACUCGCUGCCGACCAAAGCGGAUGGCUCCUCCGACAGACAGCGCCAUGGAGGCUGCAGCACCCCCGUGCCCGGCCAGCCACCUCCGCUGGGACCUGACAGCUGCACAGAUCCAGGACGCUACGGCCAAGCUGAUCGAGAAGACCAAGCGGGUGUACGACACGGUGGGUGCCCUCGCGCAGGGCGACAUCUCCUACGAGAACACGCUGGGCGCCCUGGCCGCCGUGGAGGUGGAGUACACGGUUCAGCGGAACAUGCUAGACUUCCCACAACACGUGUCUCCCUGCAAGGAGGUUCGUGCGGCCAGCACUGAGGCCGACAAGAAGCUCUCCGAGUUUGACGUGGAGAUGAGCAUGCGGCGGGACGUUUACCAGCGCAUCAUCUGGCUGCAGGAGAAGCUGGAGAACAGCUCCCUGAAGCCGGAAGCGAAGCGAUACCUUGAGCGCCUGAUCAAGCUGGGCCGGCGGAGUGGCCUCCAUCUCCCCGAGGAGACGCAGGAGAAAAUCAAAGAGAUAAAAAAAAGGCUGAGCGUCCUCUGCAUCGACUUCAACAAGAACCUCAAUGAGGACACGACCGUCCUGCCCUUCUCCCGGGAAGAGCUGGGGGGUCUCCCUGAGGACUUCCUGAGUUCCCUGGAGAAGACUGAGGAGGGGAACCUGAAGGUGACCCUGAAGUACCCCCACUAUUUCCCCCUGAUGAAGAAGUGCCACGUUCCAGAGACGCGGAGGCUGGUGGAGAAGCAGUUCAACUCCCGCUGCAAGGAGGAGAACUGCCUGAUCCUGAAGGAACUGGUGGAUCUGCGGGCGAAGAAGGCGGCUCUGCUGGGAUUUGAGAAUCACGCCGACUUCGUCCUGGAGAUGAACAUGGCCAAGGACUGCCAGACGGUGGCCUCUUUCCUGGAUGAGCUGGCAGCCAAGCUGCGUGUGCUGGGCGAGCAGGAGCGGGCCCUGAUGCUGUCCCUGAAGCGCCAGGAGUGCGAGCAGCGCGGCCUGCCCUUUGACGGGCGCCUCCAUGCCUGGGACCUGCGCUUCUACAUGAACCGGGUUCAGGAGACGCUUUACCAGGUGGACCAGAACCUGCUCAAGGAGUUCUUCCCCAUGGAGGUGGUGACGGCCGGCCUGCUGGGUAUCUACCAGGAGUUGCUGGGGCUCACCUUCCGCCUGGAGGAGGGGGCCCCCGCCUGGCACCCCGACGUCCAGCUCUACGCCGUGCAGGACGCCCACUCCGGCCAGGCCGUUGGGAAGUUCUAUCUGGACCUCUACCCAAGGGAGGGGAAGUAUGGCCACGCAGCCUGCUUUGGUCUGCAGCCCGGCUGCCUUCUCCCCGACGGCAGCCGCCAGAUCUCUGUGGCAGCCAUGGUGGCCAACUUCACGAAGCCCACGCAGAACGCGCCUUCGUUGCUGCAGCACGACGAGGUGGAGACCUACUUCCACGAGUUUGGGCACGUCAUGCACCAGCUCUGCUCGCAGGCGGACUUUGCCAUGUUCAGUGGGACCCACGUGGAGAGGGACUUCGUAGAGGCUCCGUCGCAGAUGCUGGAGAACUGGGUGUGGGAGAAGGAGCCCCUGCGGCGGAUGUCCACGCACUACAAGAACAGCGUGCCCAUCCCAGACCAGCUGCUGGAGAAGCUCAUCAAGUCCCGACAGGCCAACACAGGACUCUUCAACCUGCGGCAGAUCGUCCUGGCCAAGGUCGACCAGGCUUUGCACACACAGAUGGACGCCGACCCUGCGGAGGAGUACGCCCGGCAGUGUGACAAGAUCCUGGGCGUCCCUGCAACCCCAGGUACGAACAUGCCGGCGACGUUUGGCCACCUCGCAGGGGGCUACGAUGCCCAGUACUACGGCUACCUCUGGAGCGAGGUCUACUCCAUGGACAUGUUCUACACCCGCUUCAAGAAAGAAGGCGUCAUGAACCACAAGGUGGGCAUGGACUACCGGAACUGCAUCCUGCGUCCCGGCGGCUCCCUCGAUGCCUCCGACAUGCUGCUCCGCUUCCUUGGCCGGAAUCCCAGGCAGGAUGCUUUCCUGGCCAGCAAGGGUCUUGCCGCCGACCCCACCAGCCCCCCCUCGUCCUGCUGAGACUUCCCCCUGCCCACCUCCUGGCUGGGGGGCACUUGCAAGUCCUGCUGGCGGCCUGCUUGUAGAAAUAGCCUUGGGAGUGGGGGGGUCCUCCUGGUUCUGGAGGGAAGGGGUCUCUUGGCUUCCUGAUUCCCUCCUUGGCCCACCCCCAGAGCCCCAACAAACAAAAUUUCUCUAAACCCAUCUGACUCCUCCCCCCCCUGAGAAAAUAUAGUUUGCAAGGAAAAGGAUUGUGCUUUUAACAAUUGGUUUGGAGCUCUGAUUCUUUCCUGCCCUUGGGCGGGGGCUGGAGUUUGCUGCCGCUUGCAAGUGGAUCCCUGGCCUAGAUCAGUCAGAUCCAGGGCUCUUGUAGAAGUGUAAAGCGCCAAGCAGAGUUGCUCAAGGCAAGACGGGAAGGUGCUGCCCUGCCCUGUGUCUUCUGCUGCAGCCCCUUCUCCUCGAUUUUCCUGCGGGGGACAUUCACUCGCAGAGGCACCCCCUGGGUUUGCUGCCUCCUGAGAGCUCCUGCCGCAGCGCACAGCGUCUGAUGGAAGGCUGCAUGCAUUAUUGCAGCGGGGGAGGGGGGCUCCUCUUUCCUUCCCUCCAUUUCUCUGAUUUCCAUUGGGCUAAAAUUAUUCCUAUUCUUGCUUUGACACCCUUUGGAAUCGAUCUUAAGCCCCAAAUCUUAGCUCUGUGUAUCAAUUUAGCAGUGCAGGUUUGAUGCAGUUUGCACAACCGUUCAUUUGAGGCUGUUCUCAAUGCUGGGUAUUUGGGGGGGGCAGGGAGCAAACCCCAGUUGACAUCACCCCGUGGGGUUUUGUGCAGCACAAAAUGGCCCCUCUUCUCCAAAGGAGGGCAAUCAUCGCCUCUCAGGAAGCAGCCGUCUAUCAAAAAGACCCUUACGGUUUUUAAGGCGGGACGGAAGCCAUCGCGGCGCAGAGAUUUGGUCUCAAUUGAGAUCCUGAAGGGGGACCCCCCCCCAAUCUCUGCCUUGGCCCGGCCAGCCACUCCAUGCAGCAGCUGUCUGGGCCCCCUGUUUUCAUAUCCGUCUAACAUGGAUUGCGGAUCGAGUUCUCUCCCGGCGGAAGCAAAAGGGUCCUGUGGACACAGCUCGUCGUCUUAGCAGCAGCAGCCGGGGCUGAGGUUGGACGGCCAAUAAAGGGUUUUUGAGAUUUUC